AUGGAGGUACAAAAAAUAGAUGAUAUUGUACCCCAGGAGGGUCCCGUAACUGGAGAAUCCCUCCCCGAGCCAAUUGGCUCGGGCUGCCCCUCGUAUUCUGGGGGGGGCAAUUUGCACCUUUAUGAUUUAGAAAAAACUACUUGUGACAAUGUGUCAGGUAUUGAAGUUUCAAUUUGUGAUAAAGAAUUUGCGCGCCCAUUUGAGCGCACGUCUCAGCGCAGAGACAGUGUCGGGUCGGACACGUCGUCGGUGGUGUCAUUUAUCUCUAUGACAUCAUCGGACGUCGUGUCUAAACGGCCCAGGAAAAGGGGGAACCCGGGAGCCAAUAACAGCCCGCCGGGUUCAAAACGCCGAGUGCUAAGGCGCUCGGUUAGGGAUGGAAGUGGGGAGGACGAUGAGAUUCUUGGCCAAUCUCUCACCCCCUCCAACACCAGAGCGAAGGCCUCACUACCAAAGGUGGAUGACCUGUUGGCAGAAAUGCAGGGACGACCGACAGCUGAUCUGAAUGCUUUUAUUGCAGCUCAGCUGUCCACUGUCGAAGGGGUUGCCGACAGGUCGAGAAAUUUGAAGGGCACCUUCGUUCACAGUCUUCGCCUUGCCGCGAGACAGGUGCAGGCCGCUACCACAGAGCUGGUGCAACGCACGGUGUCGGGCCGGAACGAGGAGAGGCUAGAGCGGGAGAACGCAGAGCUGCGCUCUCAGGUAGCCGCCCUCAGUUCGAGGCUGGAGGACUUGGCCAAGGAGGUGGCAACACUCCGGCAGACCCAGGACCAGGUCGCAGCGCCGGUUUCGCCUGUCAGGCCUACCCCCGAACCUUCGGGAGAAUGGGAGCGGUGCCUGAUGGAGCGCAUUGGGAGUUUGAUGGACAAGAAACUUGCGGCAGUUGCGUCCAUCGCUUCCGCUCCUAAGACUCCUACUCGUGUCGGCUCGACACCGUCAGCCGGGCACAAUAGGCCAGCAGUGGGGGCAGUCCCAGGGACACAGCCCAGGCCUAAGGCCAAAAAAAGGAAGAAGAAGAGGAAGAAGGGGGUUGUGGAGACCCCAGCUCCGGUGGCUCGUACACAACCAGUGCCAUCCUCUGCUACUCCGGCAGCGGGAGGAAGCACCUGGGCCACCGUAGUGAGCAGGAAAGCCCAGAAGCCGAAAGCAGCGGUCACUGCAUCGCAGCGGCCGGCACAGACGAAGAAGGUGGUUCCGGCGAAGCCUACCUCAUCGGCAGCUAUUGCCGUCACAAUUCGGGAGGGCGCAGACGUCACAUACGCUGCUGUCAUGGCAGCAGCGAAGGAGCGUGUGCGCCUGAGUGACUGCGGCAUUAGCACCGUCCGCAUGAAGCGAGCCGUGACUGGGGGCCUCGUCCUAGAGGUUUCUGGCGCAGACUGCUCGAAGCAUGCGGACGAUCUUGCCGCGAAAAUGAGGCAGGCCCUAGCCGACAUACCGGUCCAUAUCGCGCGCCCUUUUAAGACGGGUGAGGUGCGCGUCAUGGAUCUGGAUGAGGCAAUCUCACCUGUUCAGUUGGCCGCGGCGAUUGCGAAUGCGGGAGAGUGCCAGGCUGCCGACAUCAAGGUGGGCGAGAUCCGACAAGCACGGUCGGGUUUGAAUUCGGCGUGGGUCCGGUGUCCGCUCUCUGCGGUGCGCAAGCUGGCAGCAGCGAAGCGCAUCCGCGUGGGGUGGGCAUCGGCGAGAGUUGAGGUCCUGGCGGCCAGACCAAUGCAGUGCUACCGCUGCCUCGAGACUGGCCACGUCCGCCGCCAGUGCCCCAACUCUGUUGACAGAAGCGACAGGUGCUACACUUGUGGGGAGACCGGUCAUCGCGCAAGCCAGUGCAGGGCGGAUAGGCCGAAAUGCCCUCUUUGUGCCGACCUCGGUAGGCCAUCAGACCACCGGCUGGGCAGCAAGAGGUGCACUCCUCCAAAGGGCCGUAAAAAGAAGCCGCAGGCCUUGCCUGCCAACCCACGAGCCGAUGAACCGGUCCCAGCCAGCUUGCCGGUUCCAACGGGCAACACGGGCCCGAGGGAGGCAAUGGAGGUUUCCCAUUCGCAGCCAUAA